UUCCAUAACCCACCAAUAGCUACGCGCCACACGCGCAUAUGUCUCACCUAUAACAAGCAAAGCCAAAAUCACAAAACAUACAUAUCAGACAUCAUCAUUUCUAUAUAUAUCCCUAUAAAUAUCUGCACAAGAGAAAAGCCAAUAUAGAGAAAGAUGAUGUUUUUCUUGAAAUCUUUGUCAAGAUCAGUCCAGGAUGAAGAGCACCGUCGAGAAUCAGAGAUCAAGAUUGACAGUGGGGUAGGAACGGCGACGUUUACUUCAUUAACAGUGUGGAGAAAGUCUCUCAUAACUAACUGCAAUGGAUUUACAGUGAUCAAUUCCCAUGGAGAUUUAGCUUAUCGGGUUGAUAACUAUGUUCUUCAUCCUGAUGAACUUAUUCUCAUGGAUGGCUCAGGGAGGUCUCUUCUCACAAUGCAUCGUCGCAAGAAGCUUGGAUUGGGAGAUAGCUGGCUUCUCUAUGAAGGGGAAAUGGGUAGAUGUUGUUCAAGAAGGAAAUUAUCAAAGAAGCCAACUUGGAGUGUAAAAAAGAGCAUUAAGAUUCUACAAGCAAAUCAGAAUGUGCUUGCUUAUGUUUUUCGAGGAAAUAUAGAGAAGAGACAUACAUAUGUAAUAGAAGGUUCUUAUACACAGAGAUCAUGUAAAGUAGUGGAUGAGUCAAGAAGGGUUGUGGCAGAGAUCAAGAGGAAAGAAGCCAUAAUUGGAGGAGUUUCUUUUGGGGUAGAGGUUUUUGUUUUGGUUGUAGAGCCAGGGUUUGAUCCUGGAUUUGCCAUGGCUCUGGUUUUGUUGUUGGAUCAAAUGUUCUCAUGAAUUUCUAAUGAAUGUUUAUUUCUGUGAUUAGGACAUGUAGGUUAGGUUAUGUUUGCCUGUUUGGUAUUAUACAAUAUGAUUUAUUGAUAGAGCCAAAAUGAGAUGAAAUGCCCGUCUGAUAUUGUGAAGGGACUGCUGGUAGCUAUAUA